CCAAAAGCACAAUCGGUGUAAAUUAACGCUCCUUAAAAUCGUAUAAAACCACCCGAAAACCAAGCGGUAAGACAUCAUUCGAGUGCGAUCAUCUCACCAACUCAGUUCAGGUCCGAAACUCAGUGGAGCUUGCGAACAUGAAGGCGUUUGUGGUGUUGUCGGUGGCCCUGGCCAUCGCAUCCUGUGCGGCAGUCGAGCAAGAACCGUCCAAGAAGGACAAGCGAGGCCUGUGGGAGCUCGCGGAUAACCAUUACGGGUUUGAUGACUACGCGCAUCAUCACACCAAGGUGCAUCACCACACCAAGGAGAUCGUCACGAAGCACGUUGAUCGACCGUAUCCGGUUGAGGUGAUCAAGCACGUAGACCGUCCUUACCCAGUUGAGGUCGUCAAGAAGGUCCCAUACCCAGUUGACCGUCCAUACCCAGUGGAAGUGAUCAAGCACGUUGACCGUCCUUACCCAGUGGAGGUCGUGAAGCAUGUUGACCGUCCCUACCCAGUGGAGGUCGUCAAGAAGGUCCCAUAUCCAGUGGAAGUGAUCAAACACGUUGACCGUCCUUACCCAGUGGAAGUCAUCAAGCAUGUUGACCGUCCUUAUCCAGUGGAGGUCGUCAAGAAGGUCCCAGUUGUUGUGGAGAAGAAGGUUCACGUUGACCGCCCCGUCCCAUAUCCAGUGGAGGUCGUGAAGAAGGUCCCAGUUCAUGUCGAUCGUCCUGUCCCAUACCCAGUGGAAGUGAUCAAGCACGUUGACCGUCCUUACCCAGUGGAGGUCGUCAAGAAGGUCCCAUAUCCAGUGGAAGUGAUCAAGCAUGUCGACCGACCAUAUCCGGUUGAGGUCGUUAAGAAGGUCCAUGUUGACCGCCCUGUCCCGUACCCAGUUGAUCGUCCAGUUCAUGUGGAUCGCCCUGUCCCAUACCCAGUGGAGGUCGUGAAGAAGGUCCCAGUCCAUGUUGACCGUCCCGUCCCAUAUCCAGUUGAGGUCGUGAAGAAGGUCCCAGUCCAUGUUGAUCGUCCGUACCCCGUGGAGGUCGUCAAGAAGGUCCCGUACCCGGUUGUCCAGAAGGAGUUCGUCGAAGUGCCCAAGCCUUACGCAGUUCAUGUCGAGAAGUCCGUCCCAGUGCUCGUCGAGAAGAACCACCAUCACCACGUCGAGAAGCACUGGGAUCAGUACUGAGUGGUCUGAGUUUGUGAGAUCGAAUGAGUAAUAAAUGUUAAGUUUUGUA